AUGAAGGUACCCUGGACUAGACUUAUUCGAUUCGUCGCCACCGACGGCCGAGUCCUACGCGGCGAGCCAAUCUUGCCCAGCGAGGAUUUCGACCUGGGCAAUGUCACAGAAUCCGAUCAGCUGAAGGCCAAAGUCAUCGUGGGAGACGACAUCUUUGACACGACUGGCAAGACGAAGGUGACGGAUGAGGUCGUUACGGUGAAGAAGCUCCUUGGGCCAUUGGCUCGAGAGGAGGUGCCGAUUCUGAGGUGUGUCGGGUUGAAUUAUGCAAAGCAUAUCAAGGAAGCGGGACGACAACCUCCACCAUUUCCUUUCAUUUUCUUCAAGCCGAACACUACAGUACAGGACCACGACGCUCCAGUGGUGAUACCGAAGCUCGCUCAGGACGACCAGGCGGAUUACGAAGGAGAACUGUGUCUCGUCAUCGGCCGCGAUGCGAAAGACGUCUCCGUCGAGCAAGCCUUGGAUUACGUGGGCGGCUAUACAGCCGGCAACGACGUCUCGUCGCGAAAACUCCAACGAGACCCUGAAUUCGCGGGUCGAGUGCCUCAAUGGGGCUUCUCCAAGGGUUUCGACACCUUUGCUCCACUGGGACCGUGUCUUGUGGCCCCCGACCUCAUCGGCAACCCCGCAGACCUGCACUUGAAGACCAUCAUCGACGGCGAAACCCGACAGAGCGAGAGCGUGUCUGACCUGCUCUUCGAUUGCCCGUACAUCAUCUCCUAUCUGAGCCAAGGCACGACUCUACAACAGGGCAGUGUCAUUAUGACCGGGACGCCAGGAGGUGUCGGUUCCGGUAUGAAACCUCCGAAAUAUCUUGUGCCGGGCACGAAGAUGGAGGUGCAGAUAUCCAAGAUCGGGACGCUGCGUAAUCCCGUUGAGUUUGCCUGA